AUGGCUCCCGUAGCAUUUUCCGAACCUCUACGGCCCGGCGCAGAUGCAGCCCGAGACUCUCUCGAACUCGCCUCCUUGGCUUCGUCUUUUGAUUCCGUCCACCAUUCAUCCAGAUCAACAUCCCCGUCCGGGGUCUCUUCGUCGCGGAGAGCAUCCCUUGAAAACCAAGACCCCCUUUCAGACUCGCCAUACGAUGCCACCCGGCCCAGACAUGCCCGCUCCUACUCCGUUUCGUCCGCUUUCGACUUUGGGAACAACUUAUUCCCCCUAUCCCAAACGGUCGGCGGGUAUGCUCCUCUCGGAGCGCCAUCAGUAUCGUCGUUGGAACAUCAUGCGGGCCUGAUCGAUGGCUCCCUCGAAAAGCGCAAGACACUGACGUAUCUCAAUGGAUUAUCCUUGAUCGUUGGAUUGAUUAUCGGGUCUGGAAUCUUUUCCUCCCCCGGUCGAGUGAGUACGAACACGGGGUCUCCGGGCGCCUCUCUGAUCAUAUGGGCUGUGGCUGGGCUUCUUGCAUGGACGGGCGCGGCGAGUUAUGCGGAACUAGGAGGAGCAAUCCCCUUAAACGGAGGCGCACAAGUCUAUCUAGCAAAGAUAUUUGGGGAGCUGGCAGGCUUUUUAUUCGCCUGGUGUGCAGUGUUUGUUUUGAAACCGGGCUCUGCUGCGAUUAUUUCCAUAAUCUUUGGGGAAUACGUCGUACGAGCGAUUGUCGGAGCGGAUGUUGAGACAGUCAAUCCAUGGAUCAAUAAAGCGGUGGCUCUCCUCGGAAUUAUUGUCGUGACCGUCCUUAACUGCAUAUCGACCAAGUUGGGUACGCGAAUCGGAGACGUGUUUAUGUUCUUCAAGUUCAUAGCACUCCUUGGGGUUACCAUUACGGGGAUAAUCGUUGCAUGCACCGGGUUUUCGUAUGAUGGAAAACCUAAUACGGAUUGGAAAACCACAGGAUGGUUUGAGGGAACCAAUAAGGAUAUAUCCAGUUUAGCUGUGGCGUUAUAUGCCGGGCUUUGGGCUUUCGAUGGAUGGGACAAUACAAACUAUGUCACCGGAGAAUUCAAACGUCCAAAUCGCGACUUACCCCGUGUAAUUCACACUGCUAUGCCCCUGGUGAUUCUCUGCUACAUACUCGCAAACAUCUCUUAUUUCUUUGUUUUACCCUCUUCCACCAUUGCUGGAACCAACACCGUUGCCGUUCAUUUUGGCAGCAAGGUAUUCGGUCCAAUUGGCGCUUUGGUCCUUGCACUUGUCGUGUCCGGAAGCUGUAUCGGCGCCCUCAAUGCGACUACCUUCACCAGUGGUAGACUCGUCUAUGCUGCUGGGAGAGAAGGCUAUCUGCCCUCCGUAUUCGGCAAAAUUGGAAUUGGAGGUUCAGCCAAUCCCACUAGUGGCCGUCUACGAACACGCUCCUGGUUCCGCAAAGCCCUUGUCCGCUUGUUUGGAGAUGAUAUUGGCAUUGGCUAUACGCCCAUUUACGCCAUGGUAUUUAACUCCGCUUUGUGUGCUGGCUAUAUUGCCGUGGGCGAAUUUGGCACGCUAGUCACAUUCUACGGCGUGGCUGGAUAUACCUUUUAUUUCCUCACGGUACUGGGUCUCAUCGUUCUGCGCAUCCGGGAACCCCACUUGGAGCGUCCAUACAAAACAUGGAUAACGACUCCCAUCAUUUUCUGUUGCGUCAGCCUAUUUUUGCUCAGUCGAGCGGUUUUUGCAGAGCCACUACAGACGCUUAUUGUCGUGGGUUUCAUCGCUGCAGGAGUUCCCGUGUACUUUUGGAGAAUUUCCCAGCGAGACGGGAAAAGCAAGCUCGGGAAAGGAUGGUGGAAGUUCUGGAAAAGAUGGGGCCGGUCGUGA